GGGGGCUGCAGGAGAUAUCGACCUCCUCGACCUCUGCUUCAGCUGCUUGACUCAUUUGCAGGGCAGAGAUCAUUUUCGUUUUGCUCUCCACAGCAGUCAUGAACGGCACUGAAGGACCUCAUUUUUACGUGCCCAUGUCCAACAGGACGGGCCUGGUGCUCAGCCCGUUUGAGCACCCUCAGUACUACCUGGCUGAGCCGUGGAAGUACUCUCUUCUGGCUACCUACAUGCUGUUCCUCAUCAUCACCGCCUUCCCCAUCAACUUCCUCACUCUCUAUGUCACCGUCAAACACAAAAAACUCAGGACCCCGCUCAACUAUGUGCUGCUCAACCUGGCUGUAGCUGAUCUCUUCAUGGUGGUGGGCGGCUUCACUGUCACGCUCUACACAGCCCUGCAUGGAUACUUCAGCUUGGGCAUCACUGGCUGCAAUAUCGAAGGAUUCUUUGCCACCUUAGGAGGAGAGAUUGCUCUUUGGUCUCUGGUGGUUUUGGCUGUGGAGCGUUACUUUGUGGUGUGUAAACCAAUGAGCAACUUCCGCUUUGGAGAGAAACAUGCCAUUUCCGGGGUUGCAUUUACAUGGAUCAUGGCUUUGACCUGUGCAGCACCUCCACUAUUCGGAUGGUCACGGUACAUUCCAGAGGGAAUGCAGUGCUCCUGUGGGAUUGACUACUAUACCCCCAAGCCGGAAAUCAACAACACCUCAUUCGUCAUCUACAUGUUUGUCCUCCAUUUCUGCAUCCCGCUUGUCAUCAUCUUCUUCUGCUACAGUCGCCUGCUGUGCACCGUGCGAGCGGCUGCAGUCCAGCAGCAAGAGUCUGAAACCACCCAGCGAGCAGAGAAAGAAGUGACCCGCAUGGUCAUCGUCAUGGUGAUCUCCUUCCUGGUGUGCUGGGUUCCUUAUGCAACAGUGGCGUGGUACAUCUUUGCCAAUCAGGGAACCGAGUUUGGACCGGUGUUCAUGACAGCUCCAGCCUUCUUCGCCAAAUCUGCCACUUUAUACAACCCAGUUAUCUAUAUUCUGCUAAACAGACAGUUCAGGAACUGCAUGAUAACUACAGUGUGCUGCGGAAAGAACCCGUUUAAAGAGGAAGAUACCGUCGUGACUACCACCUUCAAAACCCAGUCUUCCUCCAUCUCCUCCAGCCAAGUGGCCCCUGCUUGAUCUUUUCUUUCAUCAUGUGUCUCUCUGCAGUUAGAGCUCUGCCUCUUGAUUCACCUGUCU